AUGGCAAACCUGGUCCAUCUCCCCGUCGAGAUCCUUCUGCGUAUUCAGAAACACUUCACCAAAUCAACACUUAAUUAUUUCAGCCAAGUAUGCCGGCACUUCUACUUUAUUUUCAACUAUACUCUUUACAAUAAGAACACAGCCGGGGCAUUAUGGCAGGCAAAAGAAACAGGGAACGCCGAUACUCUGCGCAAGCUGCUAGGAUAUUGUCCGCGGACCAAAGAGCCUGAUCUGCAAUAUACCAUAUGGAGCCCCCUUGGUCACACACCUAUGUCAGCAGCGGUAUACAGUGGAAGCGCAGAAGUAGUCCAGACCCUCAUAGACAGCGGUUUUAAUUCGAGUGAUAAAGACAGGAAUGGCUAUACACCUCUCUCCUGGGCGGCAUUGUAUGGCCAUACUGAUAUUAUUGCAAUCUUGCUGAAGACCAGCAUUGACCCGGAUCGAAAAGACAUGUAUGGCCGAACUCCUUUGAAUCCUGAGUGUCAGGAUGAUGAUUAUUACAUUGUUGAAGCUAGGGCAAGACAAGAAGGGCUUUACCUAGUGCCUCUCUUCUUGAUGAAUCAUGGACGGUUAUAUAAACAACCCAUCCCUCGGAAGUCUAUAGAAUGGGCUGAGCGAAAUAAUUGUACAGCUGUUCAAUUCUUUAUUUUCAAUAUCCGUUAA